AUGAAUAACCAGAGGGUAACCUAUGAAGAGCUGAAUCUACAUAAGGACUGGAAGAGAAGGCAAAAGGAACCCCAGGACUCCAAAAGCUCUGAUACAGUAACUGAGCAGGAAAUAACCUACGCAGAGUUUAAUUUUCAAAACUCUUGUCAGGAUCCUCAAGGGAAUGACCAGCAGCUCCACAGCAGAGCAUAUAAUUGUAAUCACUGUCCAGAGGAGUGGUUCAUAUAUUCCAACAGCUGCUAUUAUAUCAGUAAUGAAAAGAGAACAUGGAAUGAAAGUAUGAUGGCCUGUGUGUCUAAGAAUUCUAAGCUUCUUUAUAUAGAUAAUCCUGAAGAAAUGAAUAUAUUUGUGGCUUUUGAUAUCCUGCUUUGGAGUGGGCCCUUCAACGAAACCAAUGAUGGUGUCCAGAUGUGGUCAGGUGGCUCAGUUUUUUCGUCCAAGUCGUAA